CCUGCCUCUGCCUGCGAGUCAUGCAAAGGUGAGGAGAUUGGUGGAGGAAUGAUUAACUCAGAGGGACACACCUUGGUGCCGGACCCUGGGAAGACUCUGGGCAGAGAGUGAGAUAUCCGUGCCCGCUCUGGUCUGCGCCCGCUCUCUCUCCUCACGCUCCUCACUGCAUCAAACCCAACAUGUCGUCGCCAGAUGACACUGGCAGCACCAUCCCGUCCGGAUGUAGUGUGUUUGUCUCCUUUCCCGAGCUGCUGAUGCUGGGCGAGUUUGUGUUUGGAGGCCUGGUAUGGAUCCUAGUGGCUUCAGCGAGAGUUGCGUUUGUCUACGAUCAAGGCUGGGUGAUGUUCGUCUCAGUCUUCUGCUUCGUUAUAACCACGGUACUCUUCAUCCUGUACAUGCUCGGGGUCCAGAGAUGUUCCUCAGGAUGGACUGUGGUGGAUGUUUUUUACCAUUUCAUAGCAGCUGUCUUUUAUUUAAGUAUUGCUGUUUUGCAAGCCAGAGACACCAGAGGUGGUCUAUAUUAUGGAAAGACCUACAGAAUCAACAUUGCUGCUACUGUGUUUGCGUUUGUGGCGACCUUACUCUACACGAUACACGCGAUCAGCUCCAUCGUGAGGUGGAAAACAUCCUCCUGA